CUAGAGGGGCGGAGGAAGAGCGCGCAGGCGCAUUGGAGUUCAGCCGCCCGGGCCUGUGGGCCCAGGGCGGCGGUGUCGCGCAGUUCUUUCUGCUGCUUGAGGCAGCUACAGCCUGCUGCCCAGUCCUCCCGCUGCAGCCCGUCGCCACCGCCCCCAGCCACGGCGCCUAAGAAGAAAUGCUGCCGCCUCCUGGCUGGCCCUUACUGUGGCUCGGCCUGCUCCUCAGCUCCUCAGCGGUCCUGGAGUCCGCGGCGCAGGUCAACUCCGCCACAGAUGCUCUGAAUGUCCUGCUCAUCAUCGUGGAUGACCUGCGCCCCUCCUUGGGCUGCUAUGGGGAUAAGCUUGUGAAGUCCCCAAAUAUCGAUCAGCUGGCAUCCCACAGCCUCCUCUUCCAGAAUGCCUUUGCUCAGCAAGCAGUGUGUGCCCCGAGCAGAGUGUCCUUCCUCACUGGGAGGAGGCCUGACACCACCCGCCUGUAUGACUUUGGCUCCUACUGGAGGGUACAUGCUGGAAACUUCUCCACCCUCCCCCAGCACUUCAAGGAGAAUGGCUACGUGACCAUGUCGGUGGGAAAAGUCUUUCACCCUGGUAUAUCUUCCAAUCAUAGUGAUGAUUCUCCAUAUAGCUGGUCUCUUCCACCUUACCAUCCCUCCUCAGAGAAGUAUGAAAACACCAAGACAUGUAGGGGGCAAGACGGAGAACUCCAUGCCAACCUGAUUUGCCCUGUGGACAUGGCGGAUGUGCCCGAGGGCACCUUGCCUGACAAACAGAGCACUGAGGAAGCCAUCUGUUUGUUGGAAAAGAUGAAAACAUCGGCCAGUCCUUUCUUCCUGGCUGUUGGGUAUCAUAAACCACACAUCCCCUUCAGAUACCCCAAGGAAUUUCAGAAAUUGUAUCCCUUGGAGAACAUCACUCUGGCCCCUGAUCCGGAGGUCCCCGACAGCCUGCCUGCUGUGGCCUACAACCCCUGGAUGGAUAUAAGGCAACGGGAAGAUGUUCAGGCACUAAACAUCAGUGUACCCUAUGGCCCGAUUCCUGUGGACUUUCAGCGAAAAAUCCGCCAGAGCUACUUUGCCUCUGUGUCUUACUUGGAUACACAGGUUGGCCACCUUUUGAGUGCAUUAGAUGAUCUUCAGUUGGCCAACAACACGAUCAUUGCAUUUACUUCUGAUCAUGGGUGGGCCCUAGGUGAACAUGGAGAAUGGGCCAAAUACAGCAAUUUUGAUGUCACUACCCGUGUGCCCCUGAUGUUCUAUGUUCCUGGAAGGACGACUUCAUUCCCAGAAGCAGGCAAAAUGCUUUUCCCUUACCUCGACCCAUUUGAUUCUGCUUCACAGUCGAUGGAACCAGGCAUGCAAACCACGGACCUUGUGGAACUCGUGUCUCUCUUCCCCACACUUGCCAGCCUUGCCGGACUGCCCAUUCUGCCUCCAUGCCCUGUCCCUUCAUUUCACGUGGAGCUGUGCAGAGAAGGAGAAAACCUUCUGAAGCAUUUUGGAUCCCAUGACUUGGAAGAAGAUCCAGAGCUCCGUGGUAAUCCCCGUGAGUUGGUUGCCUAUAGUCAGUACCCCCGGCCUGCAGAUACCCCUCAGUGGAAUUCUGACAACCCGAGUUUAAAAGAUAUAAAGGUCAUGGGCUACUCCAUACGCACCAUAGACUAUAGGUACACCGUGUGGGUGGGCUUCGAUCCCCAUGAAUUUCUGGCCAACUUUUCUGACAUCCAUGCAGGGGAACUGUAUUUUGUGGAUUCUGAUCCAUUGCAAGACCACAAUAUAUACAAUUAUUCCCAACACGGGGAAAUCCCUCCGUCUUUGAUGCCUUGAGUUUUGCCAGCCAGAGGGAAAAUAUAAUGUGCUUGGCUUGAGCUGGUAAGAGGAAGCAUGAGGGAUGGUCAUUUGUCAUUACCCAUAAUACCGGAAACAGUUAGGCGGGGUAAUCAAAGCAAGCAUCAGCCGUUUGCCCCAAGACUUUGUGACAGCUAAACUUUCCAUGUAGCCCUUACUAAUUUAUAAUUGGCCACUGUAUUGGUGCUGGGCUGAAACUUUCUUUCUCUUUCUUUUUUUCACUGUUUUUUUUUUCCUUUCUCUUAAAUAGGCAUGGAUUGCUCAUUUAGUAAGUGUAGAGUGAACAAACUGAAAUUAUGUCAUACCUUUGUAUAUUAAGAGCAUACUAACCAAACAUAUCACUGUACUCAAGAAAUACUUCAUUUGUGGAAUUUAGUGCAUUUCAAAAAGUAACCAUAUGUAGAUUCUACCCUAAGAUUCCAAUUCUUUUGUUUAUAAUUUAAGAAAAUAUAGUAGGUAGUCCAAUAUAUUCGGGAUGUAUCAACAUGUAAUUCACAUUUCCUUCUCAGAUAAAAAGUUAAGUAAUUAUAGAAACCAAUAAUUACAGAAACCAAUACCUUAAAUUUUGUUUCUAAGGCCACAUAAUUUUAAAAUCCAAACAUAAAAUAUCCAUGAAAUUAUUAAUGUGUUAUUUCUACAUCAACUAGUAAAUAAUGCCUUGUAAACUAAAGAGAUGAAAUAUGUGGGAAAUUGGUUUAAAAAUUUCUGAUAGAUUCUGGCCCAACUAAUAAUAUGUUAGCAAAUAAUAUGCCCCUUGAAUGCAUUGGCCUUCUAUUAAGUCUGUAAUUCACAGUGAGAAACAUUUCAGCAUAGCUGUAACCAUGGCUUGCGAGUCUCUCAAAACCAUGGCAAUGUUAUUAUUUAGGGAUGGUUGACCGCAGACAUCCAUUUAUCCAGGAGGCAGAACAUAUUCUAGUUGUAAUCAGUUAUUAAAGAAAACAUUAAUUUUAUUAAAUUCUGAAUUGAGUAUUAUGCAAAUGUGUUAUUAGUAUAAUAUUAAGUAAUUUUCCAAUCUCCCGACUGUAGUUCAUCAUUCCCUAAAUGUGAAGCUAAUAGGAAGGCAUAGUCCAGUGAACUACGGCAUGUGUGCCGCAGCAGGCUGUAUCCUUGAGAGCACUAAAAUGUUCACCCCCACCGGCACCACCAUCUUAAAAGGAAUGGAAUGUUGCAAGUGAUAUUCCAGCCUGCGAAAGCUGAUGAAGAAUCACUAACUUUCUAAAUUAACAUCCAAGAUACUUUUGUGUGAAAAUAAGCAAUUCUAGUUAUUUUUCUCCUUAAAAAUGCCUCAGCAUUUCAAGAUAAAUAUUUGUGAAGUAAAAUACACCAAAUUGCAAAUUACAUUAAGCCACUGCAGUGUAUUCAAUUGUAAUAAAAACGACGAGUUGUAUUAAAAUCAGUUACGUUUCAAAGACAGAUUUUGCCCCUUGCUGGUGAAGGGAUACAUGAUAAUACAAUGAUCCUAAGCAGUUAAAGCAAUUGCUUUGGUAACAGCAGUUUUCAUCUAAGGGGUUAAGGGCUCUAUUCAUCUUUCUUUCCCAGAAUUCAUCUCUCCUUUGAAAUCUUCAGCUUCUGUAGAUGUUUCUGUUAGCUUGUCCUUUCUUGUUCUUCAUCCUUUGUAUUGCUCUCACCAGACAUUCUCUAAUUUUUGUGAGACACUCUGGAAAUUCCUCAUGGCAUGUUUUCAGUGUAUUUAGCUUUAACUACUAUUUCACAGUUGUAAAUGUUAACAGAGGUUAUUCUUUGACAUCCAAUCGCUGCUCCUGGUAGGCUAUAAUAUGUAUACUUUGUAUUUUCGCACUUUUCCUGAUGCACAGUUUCAGUAUAAAAUUCUCCAAAUUCUGCUCUUGAUGAAGUCAUAAGCUGUACUAUGCCAUAUACUUGGUAAGCCACUAAGCAUGCGUGGCUAUUGAAAUUUAAGUAAUUAAAAUGAAAGACACUUUAAAAAGAUGCCUGGCCCCACCGUAUUGCAAGUGUCUGGUACCCAGGUGUGGCACAUUUCUGCCAUGGAAGAGUUUGACUGGAUGGAGCUGCCCUGGAUGGCCUGUGGGUUUGAGCUGGGCCUGCUGACGGCUGGCAAGCAUUUCCUGCAAGCUUUUCCUCCGCCCUGUGUUUGCCACAGAGACCCGCCUGGAGGUGAGCAAGGUAGUUUAGCUACAGAGCAGGGAGUUAGUUGGCUAUGGCUGAGGGCCUGCCUCUUCCUCUCCACUGCCAUCACCAUCACCACAUUCCUUCUCCCUGCCUUCCCGCAGUCUACCUCCCCUCCCUUGGCCUCCCCUGUUCCUAAAGGAAUCCAUGUGUCUUCCUGAAAUGCCUCUUGCCCCUGCCCUUUGAGAACACCGCCAGUGCCUACUAUGGGUCUAGACAGACCUCUGCAGAGCAGUCAGAGUCUUCCCUGGCUCCACAUGCCCCUGCCCUUAGCGGACUCUCCGUGCUAAUCCUGUCCUCCCUGCCACCUUACUUGCACCCACCUCCUCUCUUCACCCAUCACUCAUAGCCAUUCUUCACAGCCGGGCCCCAUCCCCCACCAAGAGGCUGUGGCUUUUGUGACUGCCAUAUCCUGCAGAGAGACGAACUGCUCAAGAAUCUAGUGCUCACUUUACUUUAAAAAGGUAUUUGUUCUGACUAUAAAAUGGAUCUGUUAAUUAUAGAAAAAUCAGAAAAUAGCGAGAUCAGUAAAUAGCGAGAAAAUGUGAAUCUUCUGUCCUGAGAUAGUCACUUAAUAUCUUGUCUUUGGGAGGGUGUGAAUUUUUUCCACUGCUGCGAUCAUACUCUGUUCUUUAUCAUGUAAUUUAUGGUCUUACUUUUUCACUAAAUAGUAUGCGUAAUUUUUACAGAUUUUUCCAGAGAUCUUUUAUAUUGUCGAUAAUGUAUUUUAUUGUUUUAUUAUAAUUUACGUAACUUUUUGGUUGUAGGAAAUUUAGAUUAUUUCCAAAUUUUCAGUAUUAUAUAUGUCGUUGUGAUGAUAAACUUUUUGAGUAAAACAUUUCUAUAUAUAUUUCAAAUUGUUCCCUAAGGACAAUCAGUGACAAAUUGUUAAAAAAAAGUCUCCAUUUUCACCUCUUGUAACGCUUGUUAUCUUAGGGUACCAAUGUCAAAAAAUAAACCAACAAGUAUAUGUAUAAAAACCAUUUAAAAAUGCCCCUACAAUAAUAGGUAAAAGUGAUAUCCUCUUUUAACUUCUCUUUGCUUAUUAAUGGCUUUGAUCUUUGUUCCUCUGUGUAACUUUCGGGCAUUUGCAUAACCAGUUGUGUGAAUUUGCCUUUAAAUUUCAAGUUACAGUCCUCAUUUUUGAAGUAAUGAGUGACCAAUAAAUUGAUCUGUGUGAUAUAUUUUCCUGUCUUGUCCUGUUAAAUAUGGAGACACUUUCCUAUCUGGAGUUUGAAUAAAUCUUUCUUUUCAGUUGAA